GUCAGUUGGUCUCGCUGCUCUCCAUCCGUGCUGCUCAGUUUUUUGUCCCCGGUCUCCAUCAUGCUGGUUCCAGCUCUGCUGCAGACCUCGCUGGUUCUCUGGUUGGCUCAGCAAACUCUGCAAGGCGGGGUUAAACCUCAAAGUGUGUCCUGGGGGAGAGUGCUGCCAGCCAGAGGUGUUGGCAUUGGAGUAAAACCUGGAGUUGCAGGUGCCCUCGGAGCACUGGGGAGCCGAUAUGGCAGCAAAGCAAUGAAGACUGGAAUUGGACGUUAUCCAGGGGCUCAGCUCGGCGCCGGAGGCUACAGAGCUCUGGGUUUAGGAAGCAGAGCAGGCCUGAAGCCAGGUGGAUAUGGAACUCAGGGAGCCUAUGGUGCCAGUCUGGGCACAGGAAUGGGUCUGGGGACUGGACUUACAAAUGGACUGGGACUGGGUUUGGGCCAGGGCGGGAAACGUGGUUAUGGUGCUGGUCAUGGCGCUCUGCCUGGAUAUGGGGCUUUAGCUGGCAUCGGUUACCCUGGAGCCCGACCAGGUUACAUUGGUGGAGCAGGACACUAUCUGGCACCGAGCCUGGGCGCUGGGGGCUAUGGAGCAGGUCUGGGGCAGGGAGCAUACCUGGGAGGUGCAGCUGGCAAACUUGGAGCUGCAGCUGCUCUGGGACAGGGUGGAUAUCCUCAAGGUGUUGCAGGGAUGUCAACCGGCUAUGGCGAUGGAGCAACAGGAUACCUGGGUGCGAUGGCAGGCAAUGGCUUUGGUGGAGAUGCUGGUGCAAAAGCUUUGUCUACAGGUUAUGGGAACGGUUACAGCGAUGGUUACGGGGCUGGGCUUGGUUACCCUGCAGAGUUAGCUGAUGGUGCUGAGAACAAAGCAGGGAAGAGUGAAGCCCUCAGCACAGGAGGCUAUGCUGGACAGGUCCAGGGGGCGUAUGGAGCACUUGGUGCAGGACUGGAAUCGACUGGUGGCAAAUAUGGUGGAGGAGCUCCUCAGGCUCCUUAUGGCAACUCUCCAGUGAUUCCCACUGGACUGGAAGGUGACGGUGGCUACCCAUAUGCUGCUCAGCAGCUUGGCCUCGGUGCUGAAGGCGCCAAAACCGCCAACAAAUAUGGAGCUGGUGCAGGAUAUGGAGCUCAGCAAACAGGUUACGGUGCUCAGCUAGGAGCAGCUCAAGAUGCUUUGGGAGAGCAAGCCGGCAAAUACGGUGGAGUGAACGGUGCCCUUGGAAAUGGAUAUAAAGGCUAACUCAAAUGACCUGGACUUCUUCAAGUGGAUCAUUUCCACAUUGUGUUCAGUGGAAUGUGUUUUAAAGCUUUUUGUGUGUUUUUGUGUUGUCUUUCAUUUUACUUGUCUUUCUCUGUGAGUGGACAUUUGUUAUCCGUGUCUGUUUGUCUUGUUGGUCCAAAACCUGCAGUGCCCCACCAGUCUUAUUCUGUCAACACUGAACUGGCUGGUGGUGACUGAUGAACAUGA